GCUGUUGAAGAUUCUGAGCAAGAAAACAAUAAAAAGGGUUUAGUAACUGUUGAAGAUGAACAAGCAUGGAUGGCAUCUUACAAAUAUGUAGGUGCCACAACCAAUAUACAUCCAUAUUUAUCAACAAUGGUCAACUAUGCUCAACCUGUAAAAUUUCAAGGUUUCGAUGUAGCAGAAGAACGUAAUAUUCAUCAUAAUAUGUCCUCUUUCAAUGAAUCAGUCGGACUAGGGUAUUUGAAGACCCAUGCUAUUGAGUUUGUGAAUUAUAAUAAACGACAAAUGAGUCGGAUAUACCCAAAGGGAGGCCGAGUGGAUUCCAGUAAUUACAUGCCUCAGAUUUUCUGGAACGCUGGCUGCCAGAUGGUCUCACUGAACUAUCAGACCCCAGAUUUAGCAAUGCAGUUGAAUCAAGGAAAAUUUGAAUAUAAUGGAUCAUGCGGGUAUCUACUUAAACCAGAUUUCAUGCGACGACCGGAUCGAACGUUUGACCCUUUCUCUGAAACUCCUGUAGAUGGUGUAAUUGCUGCAACAUGUUCUGUACAGGUAAUAUCUGGUCAGUUCUUAUCAGACAAAAAAAUCGGUACGUAUGUAGAAGUGGAUAUGUAUGGUUUACCCACGGACACGAUACGUAAAGAAUUUCGAACACGCAUGGUGAUGAACAAUGGUCUGAACCCUGUUUACAAUGAAGAAUCAUUUGUAUUCCGAAAGGUUAUUCUCCCUGAUCUUGCUGUCCUGAGAAUAGCAGUGUAUGAUGACAAUAAUAAGCUGAUCGGUCAGAGGAUCCUGCCUCUGGAUGGUCUGCAAGCAGGUUACAGACACAUUUCCCUUCGGAAUGAGGGCAACAAACCACUCUCUCUCCCGACGGUUUUCUGCAACAUUGUGCUUAAAACAUACGUGCCUGAUGGGUUUGGAGAUAUUGUGGAUGCUUUAUCAGAUCCAAAGAAAUUUUUGUCUAUCACAGAAAAAAGAGCAGACCAAAUGAGAGCUAUGGGUAUCGAAACUAGUGAUAUAGCCGAUGUACCAAAUGACACUUCAAAGAACGAUAGAAAAGGAAAAGCCAAUAAUGCCAAAGCCAACGUAACGCCUCAGAGUAGCUCUGAACUUCGACCGAGUACCACCGCAGGCUUUGGAUCUGGGACCGAUGCUAAAAAAGGUAUAGACCUUAUUCCUCAAGUGAAGAUAGAAGAUUUAAAGCAAAUGAAGGCUUAUAUAAAGCAUUUAAAGAAACAGCAGAAAGAGCUGAAUGCCUUAAAGAAGAAACAUGCCAAGGAGCACAGCGCUAUGCAGAAGUUGCACUGCACACAAAUUGACAAAAUAGUGGCACAGUAUGAUAAAGAAAAGGUAUCAUACGAGAAAAUGUUAGAGAAGGCAGUCAAGAAGAAGGGAGGAAGCAAUUGUCUUGAAUUGAAGAAAGAAACGGAAAUUAAAAUUCAGACGCUAACAUCAGAUCACAAAUCUAAGGUCAAAGAGAUUGUGGCGCAGCACACUAAAGAGUGGUCUGAGAUGAUCAAUACGCACAGUGCCGAAGAGCAAGAAAUCCGUGAUUUACACUUGAACCAACAGUGUGAACUACUGAAGAAACUGCUGAUUAAUGCUCAUGAACAACAAACCCAGCAGCUAAAAUUUUCCCAUGACAGGGAAAGCAAGGAAAUGCGUGCCAACCAGGCCAAAAUAUCUAUGGAGAACAGCAAAGCCAUAAGCCAGGACAAAUCUAUCAAAAAUAAAGCUGAAAGAGAGAGGCGAGUCAGAGAACUGAACAGCAGCAACACAAAAAAGUUCCUGGAAGAGAGAAAAAGG